GUCCGGCCCCGCCCUCCCCGGGACCCCGCGCCCGCCCGGCUGCGCGGGAGCGCGGGGCCGGGAAACUUUCCUCCCAUUGUGGUUCCCCGCUCGCGUGCGGAGCGGUCUGCGCGCAGGAAAAAUGUCCUUCUUCAAUUUCCGUAAGAUCUUCAAGUUGGGCAGCGAGAAGAAGAAGAAGCAGUACGAGCACGUUAAGAGGGACCUGAACCCCGAGGAGUUUUGGGAGAUCAUCGGCGAACUGGGCGACGGCGCGUUCGGGAAAGUGUACAAGGCCCAAAACAAAGAGACCAAUGUUUUAGCUGCUGCAAAGGUGAUUGACACCAAAUCUGAGGAAGAACUUGAAGAUUAUAUGGUUGAGAUCGAUAUAUUAGCAUCUUGUGAUCACCCAAACAUAGUCAAACUCCUAGAUGCUUUCUAUUAUGAGAACAACCUUUGGAUCCUCAUUGAAUUUUGUGCAGGUGGAGCAGUAGAUGCUGUGAUGCUUGAACUGGAGAGACCUUUAACUGAGUCCCAAAUACAAGUAGUUUGCAAGCAGACUUUAGAGGCAUUGAAUUAUUUACAUGAUAAUAAAAUCAUCCACAGAGACCUAAAAGCUGGCAACAUCCUCUUUACCUUAGAUGGAGAUAUUAAGUUGGCCGAUUUUGGAGUAUCAGCUAAAAACACGAGGACGAUCCAAAGAAGGGAUUCCUUUAUUGGCACACCAUAUUGGAUGGCUCCUGAAGUGGUCAUGUGUGAGACAUCAAAGGACAGACCGUAUGACUACAAGGCUGAUGUUUGGUCCCUGGGCAUCACUUUAAUAGAAAUGGCUGAAAUAGAACCACCUCAUCAUGAGUUAAAUCCAAUGCGAGUGCUGCUAAAGAUAGCAAAAUCUGAGCCCCCUACAUUAGCACAGCCGUCAAGAUGGUCUUCAAAUUUUAAGGACUUUCUAAAGAAAUGCUUAGAAAAGAAUGUGGAUGCCAGGUGGACUACAUCUCAACUACUACAGCACCCUUUUGUGACUAUUGAUUCCAACAAGCCAAUCCGAGAACUGAUUGCAGAGGCAAAGGCUGAAGUAACAGAAGAGGUUGAAGAUGGCAAAGAGGAAGACGAUGAUGAGGAAAUAGAAAAUUCUCUGCCGAUACCUACAAAUAAGCGUGCCUCCUCUGACCUUAGUAUUGCCAGCUCUGAGGAAGAUAAACUUUCACAGAAUGCUUGCAUUUUGGAAUCUGUCUCAGAAAAAACAGAACACAAUGCUUCUGGAGAUAACUUUAGUAGCAAAGUUCUUAAUGAAAAGCCUUGCACUGAUGAACCUGAGAAAACUGUGGAGGAUGUUGAGGAACACGUGACUGAUGCACACUCAGGAGCUGUGGCCGAGCCCCCUGAGAGAACGACAGAGCUCCAGGAGAAUGGAAGAAAGGAGAAGAGACCCAGGCUUGACAGUCUGCCUGACACUGACGACCAAGGAAUGAGAGACAUUAAUUCAGCCAGUGAAGAAAAAGAGAAUAAUGCAAUCACUUUAGAAGCAAGUACUAAACAUAAUUUGAAACCUGAGGAAGAAAGGGAUCAGGAAAAGCAACAGCUACUUGAAAAUAAACUUGUAAAAUCUGAAGAUAGUGAACGGACCGUUAUUCAAACAGUUGAUCUCGUAUCUCAGGAGACUGGAGAAAAAGAGGUAGAGACUCGUGUCACUGACAGUGAAGUGCAUACAGAGGGAGACAUGCAAGAGCACUUGGGAGAAGAUGACACAACUCCAAACAAUGUGACGAGUGAUACAAACCAUGCAGGAAGAAACGAAGAAACAGACGGUGCUCAGAAGACAGUUGAAGACAGCCCUGAGGGUGUGCAGAGUGAUGAAGGGAAAGAAGUGGCUGAAGGAGCGCAGAAAUUAGUAAGUAAGGCCACAGAGGGUCCUGGGACUAGCGGCACUGAGGAAGUUCCUCCUGUUACGGAAAUCACAGAGACUAACGACGUAAAUCAAGAAUUUGUGGAAGAUAAACGUGAGAAACAAUCACUCAUCAAUUCAGAGAAUGAAUUAGACACCAGUGAGAAACCAGGGACAAGCGAAGCUGAGGAAGUUACUGAGCCAAGUAGCACUGAAGAAACAGAGGUGAGAAGUGCAGUGACUGGUACCGAUGAAGGGGCUGUUGGAAGUGAAACGCAGGACAACGCUCAUGAAGCCGUUCCUCAGGUAGAUACAGAGCAAAAGCAGAUUCCACAUGAAGUGCCAGCUGAAGCAGAACCUCAGGUUCCUGCAGCUUCACAGCCCGGUGAACCUCAGCCUGUUCCAAUUCCCAGUAUUAAUAUCAACUCUGAAGACGCAGAAAAUAAAGGAGAAAUAGGUGCUUUAUCAAAAACUGAAACCAUACUGCUACCAGAAUCUGAGAAUCAAAAGGAAAAUGACACUGACUCAGGCACUGGUUCCACUGCUGAUAACAGCAGCAUUGACUUGAACUUAUCCAUCUCUAGCUUCCUAAGUAAAACUAAAGACAAUGGGUCGAUGUCUUUACAGGAAACAAGAAGGCAGAAGAAAACAUUGAAGAAAACUCGCAAAUUUAUUGUUGAUGGUGUAGAAGUGAGUGUCACAACGUCAAAGAUAGUUACAGAUAGUGAUUCUAAAACUGAAGAAUUGAGGUUUCUUAGACGUCAGGAACUUCGAGAAUUAAGAUUUCUGCAAAAAGAAGAGCAAAGAGCCCAGCAGCAACUCAACGGCAAACUACAGCAACAGCGAGAACAGAUUUUCCGGCGCUUUGAGCAAGAAAUGAUGAGUAAAAAGCGACAGUAUGACCAAGAAAUUGAGAAUCUGGAAAAGCAGCAGAAGCAGACUAUUGAACGACUGGAACAGGAGCACACGAAUCGCUUGCGAGAUGAAGCCAAACGCAUUAAAGGGGAGCAAGAAAAAGAGCUGUCGAAGUUUCAGAAUAUAUUAAAGAAUCGAAAGAAGGAGGUUUUAAAUGAAGUGGAGAAAGCACCCAAAGAUCUGAGAAAAGAGCUCAUGAAGCGCAGGAAAGAGGAGCUUGCACAAAGCCAGCAUGUUCAGGAACAAGAUUUUGUUCAGAAGCAACAGCAAGAAUUAGAUGGCUCUCUUAAAAAGAUCAUCCAACAACAGAAGGCAGAAUUGGCCAACAUUGAAAGGGAGUGCCUGAAUAACAAACAGCAGCUCAUGAGAGCUCGAGAAGCUGCAAUUUGGGAGCUUGAAGAAAGACACUUACAAGAAAAACACCAGCUGCUCAAACAGCAGCUUAAAGAUCAGUAUUUUAUGCAACGACAUCAGCUACUUAAACGCCAUGAGAAGGAAACAGAACAAAUGCAGCGUUACAAUCAGAGGCUCAUUGAGGAACUGAAAAACCGACAAACUCAAGAAAGAGCGAGACUGCCCAAGAUUCAGCGCGGUGAAGCCAAGACGCGAAUGGCCAUGUUUAAGAAAAGUUUGAGAAUCAACUCAACAGCCACACCCGAUCAGGACCGCGACAAAAUUAAACAGUUUGCUGCACAAGAGGAAAAGAGGCAGAAAAAUGAGAGAAUGGCACAGCACCAAAAACAUGAAAAUCAGAUGCGGGAUCUUCAGUUGCAGUGUGAAGCCAAUGUCCGAGAACUGCAUCAGCUGCAGAAUGAAAAGUGCCACUUGCUGGUUGAGCACGAGACUCAGAAACUCAAGGAGUUAGAUGAGGAGCACAGCCAGGAAUUAAAGGGAUGGAGGGAGAAGCUGAGGCCUCGGAAGAAGACACUAGAAGAAGAGUUUGCCAGGAAACUACAGGAACAGGAAGUGUUCUUUAAAAUGACUGGAGAGUCGGAAUGCCUUAACCCAUCAGCACAGAGCCGGAUUUCCAAAUUCUAUCCUAUUCCUAGCCUGCAUUCCACUGGAUCGUAACAGUGGAAAUACUCUUGGGUUUGGCUUUUUAAAUAUGUCAUUCUGUUCUCUUCAUCUUCUGCCACAGUCCAUAUCAAAUAGCUCACAAAGACAAUCACCUGACUCACCUUCUUGGUGGUUUUCUGUUUUGUUUGAAGCAAAGAUGAAGGGAAAAUGAACUAAGACAGAUGCUAGGCCAUGUUGGCAAAAUAGCAUCUUGCAGUAAUUCCCUAAGGUGAUUUUGUAUAUCAACCUUAAAUAUUGUAUUCUUUAGACACUGUUACUGAAAACUGUUAGAGAAAUAAUGUUUAAAGUUAUUUAAAAAAACCCUGUUACAUCACUAAGUAUUAAUACCUUUUCACGUGACCCACCUUUUCAAUGAUGCCUAAAUUCUGUAGUUGGAACUUUGCUGUAAAGAGUUGGAAUAAGUUUCUUUUAGUAAAUCAGCACUCAUAAAAAAAGCUAUCAGUUGCUCAAAAUAUGCUGUUGACUCAGUAAAUAAAAAUAUUUUAUCAUUUAAUAGGAACAAACUUUUAAAAGAGAAAAAUCAUUUCAGUAAUUUGUUUUAAACAUUGCCUGAUUAGGCAGGUACUAAUAAUUGAGGUGCUGGUUUUAUUAAGAUAGUGCCUAAGUACAUACUAAAUUUCAGCCACAUCCAAAAUGGGAUUUUCUUUUUUGAUCAUCAGGAACAAAACACUCUUAGUACUGAACAUUAUUGUUUUAAAAAUCUUGCUUCUGCUACCAUUUUCAUCCUAAAGUAUAUGCUGUACAAUGUUUGGGAUGAUGGGGAAAAAAGGUAUUUUAAAAUGUCCAGACAAAAUGGAAAACUCACUACAUUAGAAGUAAUACAGAUUUAGCUGUCUUAGUUUAUUUCCUAAAAUAAUACAUGAGCUGGUUAAAUGAGAUCUUCAUCUUAGCAAAUUCUGUUCACUUAAAGCUCUCAGAGGUCUAUAGAGUGAGUUAUAUUUAUAAAUAUAUUUUCUGAAAUUAAUCUCAAACAUUUAUUCAGAAUAGUUUUUUUAAAGAUUUAAAUAUGUAGGCACACAUUAUAAAUGACUUUGUUUUGAAAUGAAGAUACAUACAUUUUAUUUUUAUUUUGUUCCUUGUUUAAAUUAUUUACUUUGAUUUGAGUGGGAAAAGCUUGAAACUUCUAUCGUGGUUGCUGGGAUGUAUAAUUACUAGUGAAACGUUCACUCUCAGUCUCUUUUGAGGCUCAGACCCUAACCACGUGUCAGCUCAGACAGUGUUACAACCCGAACCCUGGUGUGCAAGGCGGCAGGUUCGUAUGUGACGCUCGCUGCCCGCCGUUUGCAGCCUGCUCUCUUCUAAGAGUGCUGGGUACCAAAUUGCAAAUGUUUAGCUUUUAGUCACAUUUGUUUUGAGGCUGGUGAAAAAUGUAAAUGUCAUGUGAGGACACUGAUUCGUAUUAAGAAAAUGUAAAUAAAUGCCUGUAGCACUUUCUUCCAGUUAAUUUGAAAACUUUGGAUGCUGAAUUUUAUUUUGUCAGUGAUUUAGAUGAUUUAAAAAUGCAUGUGUAAUUUUAAUUUUGUAAUUAUUUUGACAAGCAGAAUUUACUUGGACAACUUUGUAGGUAGCCUUAACUUCUGGCCAAGUUUUUUUUAUAUAAAUAUAAAGAUAAAUAUAAAUAUAUAUAUAUAUACACAUACACACACACACACACACAAUGUAUGGUUGUAAAUUCAUACACUUAUCACAUAAAUAUGUUACUGUAGACAAAACUCUUAAUGCUUUAUUCUCAACUGCUGGGUUGAAAGCUGUUUUGAAAGCCUUUUAAAAUACGUCUUUAUAAAGUGCUAUUCAGGGUGGUGAUGGGAAGCGUUCACACUGUUAUGAUGAAGAGACAGUGUGAUGUUACCUGAAGAGGGAGACGGAGGAGACCUUCGUGCCGCUUUAUCUUCUGAAAUUUUCAGUUCAUUGGCUUUUUAAAAAUGAAUAUUUCAGCCAUUUUUUCAGUCGUUUAAAUAAUUUUAGACAUAAUUUGAUGUGAUUAUUUGGUUCUUUCUAUUCCUUUCAAUUUAGCAUUGAGAAUAUUGAAUCCAGGAGAGGGUCAGAGCAGAGCGGUUGACACAUGGGGUCAGUUUGCCAGCAGCUCUCACAGCUCCUGCAGCUCUGCCUGUGGAUUCAGUGCUCGGUGUUCAUGUAAGCACAGGACGAUACGGUGGUACACACGUAGAGGGGGCUUCACCCUGGUACUUCAGGUUAUAAAAACCUAUCCAAAGUGUCUUGUAGAAUAUGCUGUUUUACCCCCACCUGCCUGCUUUUUGUAAGGCUCUGUAUCAAAUAGCUAAUAGUGAUUUUUAUUUCUUGCGCGAGUGUAGGUGGAGAGCAGGCUGGGGGCACGGACUUCUUUGAAAUAUGAUAGUACCGUCAGCUCUGAUUAGAGUAUGUUGUCGCCAUGGCAGAAGGUGCCAUGAAGUACAUAAAAGGGGUCAUCUGUAUAUUCACCCCAAACAGUCCCCUCUUUCCCGGUGUGCUGUGGACACGCCAGACCUCCACACUUAUGCAGGCCCACUCCUAACGCUCAGGCAUCCAGCUGCCUUCCCUAGUCCUGUCAGUCCAAGGCUGUGGAAUUACUGAAUUAACUCCUACCCCAGGUGGAGUCACAUUGAAUUCUUACCGUUUUCUAGGGAGAAGCUAUGGGGGGAUGAGGAGGAAAUUCAGAAUGUUUUUACUUUGCUGAGAAUAUUGGAUCCUUCCCGUGACAGGACACGGCAAAUUACAGUUAAAUAUAAACCAGAACCACAGCUACCUCUAAGUAGUGUUUCCUCAAGCACAAAGCUCUCAGGCAUAUGCGACCCUCUUUAGUGGAGGGUUUCUGAUUUCUUGAGCAUCAGCAAGUUUCAGAAGUGACUGUUUUUUGUACUCUUUCUUUCCCUUUGCACACUUUCCUUUUCCGUACUGUGCUUACAUGACUCUUCGGAGAAGCCAGACUCAGUCAGAGUAUUAGCUGGAGAUACUGUGGAUUAAAGAGAAACCUAGAACUGCAAGGGGGGAAGAGUUCCAGUUCUAACAGUCAUCUGAAUCAGUAAAUCUAUACUUUUCUGGGAAAUGAUAUUUUGUAGGAAAUGGGAUGAUAUUUUAAAUGUUUUUCUUACAUCAAAGGCAUAAGAGUUAAUGCCUUAAUGUUGCUGUUCUGUGGCUAACGUGGUUUCAGUAAUGCUUUACUAUUCUGCUGUGAAGCUUGGAAUGGAGUGUUCUAUCAGUCAUAAACGCUGGCUGCAGCUUUUGUGAUCCUUUGCAGUGUAAUACGUUCACAAGCUCAACUUUCAGAGAGAAUUUUGUUUCAGAUUACGCCUCUUGUCUAUUUGGGAUCAAUAUUGUCUUUUCAAUCAUGGAAUUGACAAACAAUAAAGUUAUUUCUUAAUCUA